AUGUCACUCGUAACUCAGAUAUUAUCACGGACUUUUUUUUAUUGGUUGCAAGGGAUGUUCAGUAUUUGUUGUUAUUAUUAUUUAUGGUACUCAGGUGUUAUUUCUAAUAUUCAAUUUGUUGAAAAUAUUCAUUCGAAUAUUAUGGAUGAUUGUGAAUGUUUGUUAUUGGAUUCAAACAAUCAACCUUCUUCUUGUACACAACCCAAAUAUACAAUUGUUGAAAAAAAAUCUAAAGCAAUUUGUUGGUCAACAUUUGGCCUACCGGCCAAGAUAAUUGGUCCUAAUAAAUAUGAAAUAAUUAAAAACUUUGCUUCAUGUAAAUCUUGUUUUCAAACGUAUUCCUAUUCUUCAAGCACAACUACUAUGUCUAAUCAUAAAUGUUUAAUUUUAUCAAAUAAAAAUCAAUCAAAAAUAGAACCAAUACCAUUAAUUAAAUCAAACAGUUCUACACUAAAUAGUGAUACAACAACAACAAGGGAUAGAACUAAUUCAGUUAAUUGUAAAUCUCUUCAAAAGCAUAAAUGUUUAAUUACUUCUGCCAUUAGUGAUUGGGUAUGUUCGAAUACUCGUCCUAUAAAUAUUGUUGAAGAUAUAGGCUUAAAAGAUCUUAUUGAACAAUGUAUCAAAACAGGUUUCGAUUGUGGUCCAGUAUCUGCUUCUUCAAUUUUACCUUCUGCUCGUGAACGUUGUCUUACUCUUUCACCUGAUCUAUGGUCAGAUCGAUAUAAAAAAACAUCAUAUUUAGGUUGUACUGCACACUGGGUUGAUAGUCUUUGGAAUUUAUAUUCUUUCAAAUUAUUUUGUUUGCCUUAUAGGCAAUCUAAUAAAACAGGUGCAAGUGUUUUAAAAGCUUUAGAAGAAGGUUUGUCCAUAUAUGAUUUAGUUCCAUUUAUGUCAGAUAUUAUAUGGGUGUGUGACGGUGGUAGUAAUCUUCUUAAAGCUUUAGAGAAGUUUACUGUUGUUCGUUGUACAGCUCACCUUCUUAACAAUUGUUUACAAACUAUUUUUUUUCAAACAAAUGCAUUGAAGUUCAAGAAACAUAUAUUAUUUUCUGAUCAUUUUUAUGAUAAAUCGGAAGAUGAGGGUGAUCUAGAUAGCAACAGUGAAGAUGAACAAAACGAAGAUGCUUUUGACGAUGAUGAAAUUAAUGAUCAACAAAAAGCAUGUAUCAAAUAUAAUUCUACAGUAUCAAAUAAAAAAGCUAAUGCUAUUUCCUUAAUUUCACAAUUAUCAACUGAUGCUAAACGUAUUUUAAUUACAAUCGUUUAA